GGCAGAACCUCCGGUCAGUUACGCACCAAUUCAACAGGCUGAUAGAUCAUGGUAAAGAGUUUAACCAGUGACAACCCAAUUUGAAUAAGUGCAGUGCAUACUCGAUUCACGGUCAAGAAAGAAAAUCUAUUCGCCUAGUCGGCGCAUUUAUCAUGCUGUUGUUGAUUGUCAGUCCGUACAAUCGAAUUAUCUCAAUUGACACAUAUUACCUAUCUACUCCGUAAUCGAUAAAGUGCAACGGACUGCUAAGAGCGUUAUGGUGGAACCACCCGUAAUCGCCCCACGUGACUUUUUGUCGGGCCGUGAUGUCUCCGUCGAAUUUUGCCAUUGAAGCUGGUUACAGCGAAACUAGCAUUCGGUCAAUUCGCGAGGAGUAGGAGGGUGGAAACGAAGAUAACAGCCAGCCCGAUUGGAACAACGAAGCGCCUCCAAUCCUCCUCCGCACCUUCAGCUCUCUCGUCUCCCGGAUUCGCAGUCUCCAUUCAAUCACAACCAAUCCGCCAUCAUGGAGACACGGCAGGUCCUGCGGCCUCUGGGCAGCCUCUCCCACGCGACCUCCUCCGUCACACGCUCCCCAGCAUUCAGAUCAACAGCAAGCCGACGGCACCAGUCGACGACCUCGCGGACAAAGAAGAUGCUCAAGAUCCCGCCGCACCCAGAUUUCCUCACCCCGCAAUCAGGGCAAAACCACAUAAUCUACAACCCGCCGGCCGCCGCCCCCUCCGUCUACCACACACCCUUCAAAUUCCUGCCCAAGUCGGAUCCCCGCCGGCAGGCCAAUCUAAGCCAACUCGUCCGCUCCUCGACAGACCUGCACGCGAGCCGGUCGUCCUUACCGCCCGUGUCGCGCGCGACCGAGACCCGCGAGAAGAAGUACAACGUGACGCGGGAGCAGGUCGAGGAGAUGCGGCACCUGCGCGCCAGCGACCCCGUGACGUGGAGCGUGCACAAGCUCGCCGAGAAGUUCCAGUGCGGGCCGCUCUUCGUCAUGAUGUGCUGCAAGGCGAGCCCGGAGCACAAGGAGAAGGAGCGACAGCGUCUCGAGGCUAUCAAAGCGCGGUGGGGCGAGGUCAGGACGAAGGCGAGAGGGGAGAGGCAGAAGAGGAAGGUGUUGCUGGCUCAGGGCGCUUUAUAGUCGUCUACUAAAUUCAUAUGCGCGAGACAAAGGCUGAACCGAUAUCUCAAUGCUAGUCCUCUAGGAUCCGGACUGCGGAGAGAAGAUGAGCUGUGCGAAUUUACGGAGACAGCUCGGGGGAAUCAAUGUGUAUAUCCCGUGAAAAUUCCCAGGCGAUGGAAUAGAGAAUAUACCGCUCUCUAAGGGGCAAGAGCGAGAGCGAAAGAGGGUGAGCCCUUGGGUUUUAUAUCUAGGUAAAUCUAGGUAAAUCCUUCCUCUCAAAUGUAUAUCAAGCUUGUUACGCCAAACAUGUCGCAGCGCAACACGAUGUCUGGCCACGUGCCAAUGGUUGUACUUAAUCUCAUUGUAUAAGACUCAAUCAAUACAAGACAAAAAUUCAAGAAGAAAUCGACCC